GAAUCGGAAGCAGAUUUACCCAUUUGUGCUCCAAAUGCAGUUUGUUCGAAAAUUGAUCUUUACGAAACUCCCUGGAUUGAACGUCAAUGUCGUUGUCCAGAAGUCAAUCAUAUGCCAAAUAUAAUAAUACAUCAUCACCAUUCACAUCACCAAAGCAGCAAAGAGAAUGCUGCAUCACCGCACAGCAACUCUUAUGGAGAUAAGUUUCGAAACUAUUAUGAACGUGAGAAAAUCUUACACCACAAACGUUUGCUGGUUAGUGAGUUUGCGGAUAAAAAAUUCGAAAGUCUACAUCUGAAGAAGUUCAUACAAAAAUUGGGAGCCAUGUACAAAGAUGAUUUACAAUUGCAGCCAAGUGAUUACUAUGAGCAUGCAGACAAUGAUGCAGUGCCAUCAAUAGAAGACUUAGACGAGAUUACCGACAAUGAGUUUCCACAUACACCACGUCACAGUACAUACAGCAUGCGUGGCAUAACAACGAACACAGCACACAUGCGGCAUUCAGGUCACAUGACACAUAGAGCAAAGGAAGCAGCCACAAGUUUUAUAGGUGGUUGUCCAAGUGGCUUAGGCAUCGAAGAUGGACACACCAUAGCUGAUAAAACACGUCACUACAAACUUUGUGAACCAGUACAUAAAUUGCCAGUAUGCAAACACUUCCGUGACUACACUUGGACAUUGACGACAUCAACAGAGCUGAAUGUAACCGAGCAGAUUGUGCACUGCAGAUGCCCGAAGAAUUCUGUAACGUAUUUGACGAAACGAGAACCGGCUGCUGAUGGUUCGAACGGUUACACUUAUCUCUUUGCGUGUUCACCAUUGACGCGUAUUCGUUGCCAACGCAAACAGCCUUGUAAACUGUUCACUGUACGCAAACGACAAGAGUUUUUGGAUGAAGUCAACAUCAAUGCUUUGUGUCAAUGCCCCAAAGCACAUCAUUGCCCCAGUCAUCAUACACAAUCCGGUGUUAUUCCGGGCGAAAGCUUUUUGGAAGACAACAUACAGACCUACUCCGGCUAUUGUAUGGCCAAUGAUUGAUGGCUACAGCGUUACGUUGUCAACGAGCAAACAAACAUGAAUGUCAAACAUAAAGAGGAAACGGAAACGGACACUA